UCCAAGGAGUUUAAUUUGGAGGACUUGUUACUACUGUACAGACAGUAUGGAUUAGCAUGUUCAAUCUCCACAGCAAGAAACUUCUACAAUACCUCACUUAACAUACACAUACCAAAACACAAGUAUUAUUUUUCAGAAGCUCAGUUUUCCAAAAGGCCACCAGAUGGACCUCUUCAGUAUGCAAACAGUAGGUGUCCAGUGAUGCUGAUUUCACUGCCAUAUGUAAAAUUAAUGCUGUAUGCAAACAGGCCUGGGCGUGUGUUCAAAAACUCCAUCGCUGGAGUAGUUCAUAGCCACGGUCUAUACUUGACUAACACCCCCCACCACAGUUGUGUAACUUUCUCUGUUGGACUAUGGUCACACUUUUAAGUAGCCUGGUCGCACUGCGCCUUUAACUUCUGAGCCGAUUUCCAGAAAGCAACAACCUGUAACAGGCUCACUGAUCCUCCCCCUGAUGGAUUAUUUAACAAGCGCUCAGUCCCAUGUCGCCAUCUGCUAUAGGAAGAAAAACACUGCGGAAUAUUCUCUGAAGCACAUGACACGCGUUUAGUUAUUAGGAAACUAUUUGAACAAACGAAAUAAACAAAAGUAGUUUAGUGGUACACAAAAAAAACAAAUAUCCUCGUGCGGCGCUUGUGCAACAGGUGUUCAGCAUCCUGCGGGCGUCAGAGAGAAAAGAAGCGGAUAACUGGGUCACAUCAUCGGACAAAACAUAGACAGCAGGUUAGUUUUACACUCAGAUAAACAAAAACGGAGUUUUAUUUCAACAUGUAAAAAAGUCGCGUAUUAAAAUGUGCAGCGUGUGAAGGAUAACGGACCAUUUGGCUCUGAAAGAUGUGGAGCGAUAACUGAGCUUUCCUACUAAGUUAAUCGGGUGACUGAGAUGAACUGACGCUUCAAAGGGGACAAUGCUGACCCCAGCCACACGGUGAACCGAUCGGGCUCAACUCAGGCUACCGAAGGAAGGAGUCGUCCAGUCUGCGGCAGUCAUGGUGGUGGAGGGGGACAGGACGCUGCUCGCCGCAAGGCAAGGCGACGUGCAGGCUCUGAAAGUGCAAUUAGCGGCAAAGGCGCUAACCAGCGAUGUGAAGGAUGUGCUAGGAGCCUCACCGGUCCACCACGCAGCCCGGGCAGGGAAACUGACCUGCCUGCGCUUCCUGGUGGAGGAGGCAGGACUGCCGGGCAACUGCCUGGCUAACAACGGGGCGAGCCCGGCGCAUGACGCAGCAGCCACCGGCAACUUGGCCUGCUUACAGUGGCUGCUGACCCAGGGUGGAUGUCGGCCAGAGGACAGGGACAGUUCUGGUGCCACUGUUCUCCACCUUGCAUCCCGCUUCAGUCACCAUGAGAUCACCGAAUGGUUGCUGAAGAGUGGGGAGGUGGACCCCGGGGCCACCACCGAUGCAGGCGCCCUACCCCUUCACUAUGCAGCUGCCAAGGGAGACCUGCCCUCUCUCCGAUUGUUACUGGGGCACAGCCCAAACAUUGUCAACUCCCAAACUAAGAAUGGUGCCACACCGCUCUACCUGGCCUGCCAGGAGGGUCAUCUGGAGGUCGUCCAAUUACUGGCUAAGGAUUGUGGGGCAGAUCCGAGCAUCAGAGCCAACGAUGGGAUGACACCUCUGCAUGCUGCAGCCCAGAUGGGCCAUAAUACUGUCAUAGUCUGGCUGAUGAGUUUCACAGAGAUCAGCCUGACAGACAGGGAUGGUGACGGGGCCACGGCCAUGCAUUUUGCAGCCAGUCGUGGUCACGCAAAGGUGCUCAGCUGGCUGCUGCUGCACGGCGGCGAGAUUGUCACUGACAACUGGGGAGGAACGCCCCUUCAUGACGCCGCAGAGAAUGGUGAACUAGAGUGCUGUCAGAUCCUCGUGGUCAAUGGGGUGGAUCUGGGCAUCAGGGACCAGGACGGCUUCACAGCAGCAGACCUGGCUGAAUACAACGGCCAUUCCCAGUGUGCCAAGUAUCUGCGCACUGUGGAGAACAUGAGUGUGGAACACCGUGUUUUGUCCCGGGACCCCUCAACAGACCUCGAGUACAAGCAGCCGGACUCAGGCCUCUCGUCCCCAAACACCACCAUGCCCCCUGCCAGCCAGGCAGCACACUUUGACAUUGGUUCACCAUCCAGCUCGCUGUCCAACUACGACUCAGCCAACUCCAGCCAGUCCAGCACUGGGGAGAAGAGGAGCAGCUUAACAACGUCACGAAGCCCGUCUGCUCAGCUGAACACAGUCGCACACACAGGUGCAUCAGAGUCAGCCAUAUCAGACAUGCAGGCGUACAUGGACAUGCUAAACCCGGACAUUGGCUCUGACAUGCCCAAGAAGAACGAGACACCUGCUGAUGCCGCCCAGAAGCUCCCGCCACCGCCAACCUAUCCGCCGCCGCCUCCCCCACAGUCUCCCCCGAUGCCUCCUCCACCCCCGAGCUUCCCAGCACCACAGCCCCCUCAGGAGCCGUCAUCAGCUGAGUUUCUGAAGGUGAAAAGCAACUUGCGGCAUGUGGACAACACCAGCAAUAAGGAGCUGACUCCCGGAGAAAACCACGACAAAUUGCGGCGUGUGGAUUCAAACAGGAAGUCGAGGAGCUUUAGCAAGCAGCCCAGUACUGGGGACUACUACAAGACCCUGGGCAGCGACACGGCCGAGCCCCGUGGGAGCAGAGGCAUGGCGCCCAACGAGGAGGGCUCCGUGUUAUUGGAGGAACCUACCGACAGCCCCACCUCCAGCUCUGAGAAUGGCACUACAGAGGAAACAAUCCCACCACCACUUCCUCCACCUCCGCCCCCUCUUCCCCCAAGCAACCCAAUGCCAACACCCCCUCCACCUCCUCCGUUGCCCCCGGAGAUGCCAACCACCCCAAUUCACUCUGCCAGUAACCAGCGACGCCCAUCUUCCUCAUCAGGAAGCGCAAAAUCUUUCAACAUGAUGUCCCCCACUGGCGACAACUCGGAGCUGCUGGCAGAGAUCAAAGCAGGGAAGAGCCUCAAGCCCACACCUCACAGUAAAGGCUACACCACUGUCUAUUCCAACAGCGGACCAACAGGCAACAAUGGAAACACCUCACCUCCAUCAGAGACUCGCACUUGUAUCUCACCAGCCAAGCCGCCAUCCCCUCCACCGUCCAAUACGUCUGUCACCUCCCCACCCACAACCCCGAGUCCCAGCCCCAGCCCAACUGGCUGUGGAUCUGCAAAGACCAUGUCAACCUCUGGAAGCUACGAGCAGCUGUCCUCCAACUCUGUGAUCAACGGGAACAGUGGUGGUGGCAAAGCAGGAGCAGAGGCAGGGCGGAAGACAAGCCUCGCAGAUGUGGAGGCACUUGUGCCCACUCAUGACGAGCAGGGAAAAGCGAUCCCUGAGUGGAAGAGGCAGGUGAUGGUACGAAAGCUUCAGGUCAAGAUGCAAGAGGAGGACGAGCACAAACGCAAGGCUGAGGAGGAGGCAGCACGUCUGGCAUCAAUGCCGGCCUGGAGGAGAGACAUGAUGAAGAAAAAAUUGGACGAAGAGAAAUGUGAAAGGGACCAGAAGAGAAAAGCAGAAGAGCAGGCCAAACAGGCCAAAGAGAAGGAAGAGAAGACGGAGCAGGAGCGACUACGGACCAUGGGCUACGACGACACCAAGCUGGCCCCCUGGCAGCGACAGAUCAUCCUGAAGAAAGGGGAUAUAGCCAAACAGUGACCUGGGCCAUCUCAUCCCUCCUCCGCCCUGCAGCACUCCCCACCCUCACACCCCCCACCCCCAAGGCCUUCACUAUACGCAUCCCCCUGUCUGAUCCUCCACUCUGCUCUGUACACUGGACAGUGGGGAAGAUAUUGUCUCUUCUAACCUCUGUCUCACUCUUCGGCCUCCUGAAAUACAGGACCACACUACAGCUGCUGCUGUCCGCACAGGCUUUGAGGCUCAGCCUGGCUGAAGCACAGCAGUGUGACCCUCCACCUCCCAUUGAAAGUCUCAUGGACACAAACUCUUUUAGUCUUUUAGCGUUAACAAUAGCCGUGACAUGCACUGAUUGUCCUCACUUAGACAUUUGCUAUAACUGCGUGUGUCCUUAACUACAUUAAGGUUAUUUUUAGUUAUCUGGCUAUUUGCUUUCCUGCAAAUCAUCAGAGGCUGUUUCACAUAGAAGAUUUACUCAAACAAACAGGUUUAUGAUAAAUGGAGAGCGGCUAUUUGUGAGCAUCACUGCCAUGGAGGACAAAGCCUGUCAUUGGAUUUAUGUUUCCCUUUAUUAGCCGCACUCACCAUUAUGUAAUGAAUGGAAAAGUAGCUCCGCAACAGUUGUGUCAUCACAACUCAGCAAACGGCUUAUUAAACCCUGAAGCAGCUAAUGCAUUCUGUACGUAGACUGUAUCGCAUCUUUAUCAUGUUAUAUACUUAGUCUUGAGAUUUUUGUAUCAAGCUCUUAGAAGCACUUUCUAAAUGGCUUCAUUUUACUGCCAGAGUUGUAAUUCUUGUAAGAAACAAAUCCUAACACUUUUCAAACUAAUCUGUUUUCUUUAGAUAAGCUUGUUGUCAUUUCUCUGUGGAUUUGGAAUACUGAUAUAUAUCCUAUUUUAAUUAAUGUAAAGAUUAUGUAGCUGUGCAAAUUUUAUUAAUUAUCACUGGAAAACAAAAACGCCGCAAUGUUCGUAAUUCAUUUUUCUAUAUGUGACCUAUGUGUUAAGCUAUUGUGAUCAUGAAUGUGAAAUGUUGUGUGCAUGUGUUGCAUAAUGUGUAUCAAACAUGUUGUGAUGUAUUAUUAAGCACAUUUGAUCCAGGGCCCUGAAUUUUCACAAAAGAAAAAACACACUAUUUGAAUACGAUCCUGCAAGGUUUCUAUUUGAGCAUGGCCUUUUUUUAAAAAAGCAGCAUCUUACACCAGACAUCUCAUCUGCACACACUGAAUAAUGAGCGAGUAGAGAAAAGACAUCAGUUUGUCCCGUGUCCUGUUCCAGACAUUGUCCCCGUAAACCUGGAGGAUAAAUCUUUAAUGGGCAGAUCUACUUACUCUUUCUGCCACAAACAGGUGUAACAUCAGAAAUGUACAAAAAUUAUCAGUAGAUAAUGCCAGCUGUGUUUCAUCUGCAGCCACUAGUGUGAAGAGUCUAGUUUCAUGUCUUUGGUCAAACAUCUGAUAACAAAAGAAGAACAAAACUUACACAAUGUACUGUAUAAUUCACUCUAGACUUCAGGGGGAUCAUUUUUAGGUGACAGAAUUGACACAAAUGUCAGGUUGAUUAUUAAACAGCUUGUUUUAUUCAUAAUUUCUCGGGUCUAAACAGCUCUUAGGAUUCACACGUUUGUUGAGCGUUCAACAAUUUCAGGCUGAAUAUGAAAAUCUGUGUUGAAUGUUUUUGGUAGAACCGAGAAGACGCAUGUUAAAUCUUAGCAGAGUAAGAAUCUGUGCACUGACAUUUAACAAGUAACUGGAUCUCACAAUCAUGCUGGAUGUCUAUUUCUGAAUGUGACACUUAGGUAUUCCCACAUAAUGGAAAAUAUUCUACAUGUUUACUACGUUUAUGUUGGGUGUACAUUUUUACAAAUCAAGCGUACACGUCAUGUGGUCAUUAAAGACAUGGUCCUAGUCGGGGGAAUUAUUUGGAAAUAUUCUAAUUCACUUUCAUCGGAUGCCAUAUGAUGUUGAAAUUAAAAAUGAUGUAAACGUCAUUGCCAUUUGAUUUUCUAUAUAUAUAAAUAUAUAUAUAUAUAAACUCUGUAUAUAGUGACCCUCUCCAAAUUUUGUCAUCUCAUUGUUUCCAUAUUGCAUUAUAUUACAUGUCUCAGCCUUGCUUGAAUAGAAUGUUGGCUAAUUCAUGUAUAAUUAUAU